UGUUUGUAGCCGGAGCGGUAUAGGUGUAGCACUCAGUCUCGGGGAUGCUGGCCUUAGGUUUGGUUGCGCUGCUCUCUGUAUUGUGGUGUGUGUGCAGCCACUGGAGAGAUGUGCUGUCCGGGCGGCCGGUGGGGGCUCUGCGGGGUGUGCGGGCUCCUCUACUGCUCAUCGCUCACCCGGACGAUGAGUGUAUGUUCUUUGCCCCGACUAUCCUCGGUCUGCUGCAGGAACAGCGCCCCCUGUCUGUGCUGUGCUGCUCCACAGGAAAUUACUACAAUCAAGGGGAGGUUCGUAGGAAAGAAUUAUUUCAGAGCUGUGCUGCUUUAGGAAUACCAGCUUCCAAUGUUACAGUGAUUGACCACAGAAACCUUCCUGACAGUCCCAAUGUUCACUGGGAUACCCAUCUCCUCUCAGAUCUAAUCCUCACGCAUAUCAAACAGAAGAAUAUUGAUUUGGUAAUUACAUUUGAUGAAAAAGGCAUUAGUGGGCAUUCCAACCAUAUUUCCUUGUACCACGCCAUAAGAUCUCUGCAUGAUUCAAGAAAGUUACCUGAAGGGUGCUCUGUUGUGGUUUUGGAAUCGGUUAACGUCUUCAGGAAAUAUCUUUCUGUGCUAGAUAUACCAAUCAGCUGGUUAUUCCAUAGUGAUAUCCUCUAUAUAUCAUCCAAGACACAAUAUAGACAGGCCAAGGACGCCAUGAUGUGUCAUCAAAGCCAGCUGCUCUGGUUUCGUCACAUUUACCUGCUGUUCUCCCGUUACAUGGCUAUCAACUCAUUGCACUUUCUUCAUGGCCAGAAAACAGAAAAGGAUAGCUGACACUCAGAUCUAAAGCGGAACUCGUUAUAAGACUGUUAUUGCGGCAUGCAAGUUAAUGAGCAUGGCUCAUCUUUAGAGACAAGCUGGAGAUAAAAGACAAGUGUGUUUGGUCGGAUAAAUGAAAUAAAUCUCUUUCAUGGCAAAAAAAAAUACAGUUUAACGGUGAAAUGGUAUAAAUCUAUAUGUGGGCAUUUUGGUAACAUAAUAAAUGGACAUUGGGGCUCAAAGAAAUAGGGGGGUGGGGGGUUCAGAUUACAGCAACAUCUUCCAAGACUAUGACAGCAAACAUCUGGCUUAUUCCUAUGGACAGCAACACUGAUUUUCUGCUGCUGAAGAUUUUUUGCCUAUUUUUGUUGUAUUUUUACAUUUGAAAUAAAAUAUAAAGUUUAUGUACUGUA